ACAGACUGAUGUUUAUUUACAGACAGGUGUUUCUCAGAAUGAAAAUGAAAGUUGGACAAUCGAUCAAUUCUUCUUUAGAAAAUGGCCAGAUCAUGACAUUCCACAACAUGCAGAAUAUAUAUUAAACUUUAUACAUGCUAUUAAGAGCAUGGAUAUAAAAUACCCUGUGGUCGUACAUUGCAGUGCUGGUGUCGGUCGUACCGGAACUUACAUUUGCAUUGACAUUCUUCUCAAUGAAAUGUUGAGUGGUGAAGCUAUUGAUGUAUUGGCAUGUGUUACGAAGCUUCGGGAGGAGAGGAUGCAUAUGGUCCAGAAAAGGAUACAGUUGGAGUUUAUAUAUGAUGUUUUAGUCGAGAACAUUCUCACCGGAGAUUACGACAUCGAUGUCAGUAACAUUCCAGAAGAAUUCUCUAGAAUAAAGGAAACUGAUAAUUCAUCAAGAGUAUCAAUUUUGGAGCAUCAGUUUCAGGAUGUGAUUAAUCAAAAGUGAACAUACAUGAAUUGAACUUUGCUUAAAAGAGGAUGAGUUAGCGAAAUUCAAUAUGAACGGGGUAUUCAUCGAUGGGCCUUCAUGUGAAAAUGAAUUUCUUGUAACGGAAAUACCAGAAGAAGGUAAAACAGUAUAUUUCCUGAAAUGCCUGAUCAACAAAGGUUAUCUCAAUAUCGUGGCAUUCUUUGAUCCAAGUGGGGAUCCACCUAAUUACUUGCCAAGAACACUGAACGAAUCAAUUAAACUGGGUCAGUAUCUCAUAGAACUAGUUAGUGUUGAGGAUAAAGGUAUAUGUAUACACAGUGCUUUAAAGGUUAGGUUCCAUAACAAGAAAAUGUCGAGGAUCGAAGAAUAUGAGAUCAGUCACUUCCUGGUUACCAUAUGGGUGGAUGAAAAUUAUCCAUCAUGUGCCGAUGUUUUAAAACUAAGUAACAUGCUAAGAACCCAUCAAAACGAGCAGUUCAAUAAAAAAUUUGCCAUACACUCAAGUGACAAGUUUCACAAAAGUGGUUUGCUGUGCAUCAUUCACAUUUUAAAAGAUGCAAUAACCAGUCAGUCAGUAAUCAACAUAGUACGGUUAGUUCGACUGAUCAAGAAAAUAGAACCAAAUAUUAUACCUGACUGUGAGUCCUACGCUUACAUUUGGGAAGUUGCUGAAUACUUGCAAAAAGAAUCGAUUUUAUACUCAAAUUUCGUACAGUGAUACAUGGGUGGAUGGUGUGAAUGUUUUUAUAGUACCCACAUUAUAGAUGUUACAUGUUAUGAGUUAAGCGGCGAUGUAUGCAAAAAAAAUUAUUUCCUUUUUGGAUAAAGAAAACCAAAGGUUAGCGGCAAUUGCUUGUAUCUCUCAAAGGGAAUGGAAACAUUUUCAAGAAACUGGUAGUUAAAUUAUUGACCCUGAGACAAAGUCAACCCUGACGGAAUUUGAACUCAGAACGUAGCGGCAGACGAAAUGCCGUUAAGCAUUUGGUCCGGCGUGCUACGAUUCUGCCAGCUCGCUGCCUUAAAACUAAUAAUAAUGUUAAAAGGAAACAUCGUCUCACCUUUUGUUGAAGUAAAUAUUGAAAAUUCAUCUUUGUUUGCACAUACAGGCCAACUAUGUGACAUAGUUCUGUGAUAAUACAUUAUGCUAAUUACAAUGACCAAAAUUUAUCCGGUACAGCCUUAAAAAAAUUUCACUGAAUUUAUGGUUUUUGAAAAGCCAAAAGAUGUUUAUUCUUGCCUACAGAUAACCGUUUAUUUUUCUCUCCCCUAGAGAAGUCAAUUAACUUUGAAAUAUUAAAAUUAAUUUCUUGAAAUGAUUUUCUUUUUCGAUUGAGACUUCGCAACAAUUGCUGAUAAAUUCUUUUUUCUCUGUCUCCAACUGGGAAGAAAAUUUCAUUGAAUAAUUAAUCUUUUCCUUUUUCUUGUGUAUGUGUACGACAUUCAGUAAAUCGUCGCUUAACUUCGGGUCAUUUACCCUUUUGAGUUAUUUCCCUUAUCCCAAUUUUUAAAAAGAAUUUAUAUCUCACAGCAUAUAUUUUUACUUAUUUGAUUUCUUACAGUCAGCCUCUCUUUUCUUCUCACCAUUUUUUAAUAUUUUCUUCUUUAUAUCUCUCAAUACGUUUUUUCUAUUUUCUUUAUUCUUACUUUUUUUUACUUAAUAUAUUUAAUCAACAUAUUCGGGCUUUUAAUUUUUAUUAAUACCAUAUAACGCAUGACACAGAAAUUCAGGCAGUAACCUUCAAUUAUUGCGAAACAGAGACAAGAAACUAAUUCGUUUAUAACUGCUAUCUUCUUAAUUGCAAUACCACCACUAUCAUCUCAAUUCAUUUACCAUAUCACUUGCCUCUAUUCGUAUACGGUUGGUGGCUUCUUUCAUAUACUGUUGCUGCCAUUUCAGUUAACGGUGUCCUUCAGUUCAAAGACCACUGGUGUCUUCCUAUUUCAUAUACCAUGGUGCCCUGACUAUUGAAACAUUACGGCUAUCAUAUCAAUACGUAUAAAAUUGUUGUAUUCUCUAUCCAAACACCCUUGAUAUCUAUCGCAUUUAUAUACAGUUUGUAUUCUCUCCGAUUAGAUUCAUAUCCCAAGCGUUCUUCAAAAGUCAUAUGCUGAGUAUUUUUCUCUCAGAUCAUACACGUCAAAUGUUGCUCUGUCUUUAUCGCUAAUGUCUUCUCCAUUCAUUUACAACCAUUGCUUUCUCGAUUCAUAGACAUGAAGUUGGUGUCAAUAUCGUUGUUUAUAUCAUGAAAAAAAUAGUCAAUAAUAUCUUAAUUCAGUCACCUACAUUUUGCUUGGUACUCACAAGAAAUCUUCCGUAAUAUCAGCAUUAAUGACCAACGUUGUCUAUAUGUUAAAAGCAAUAUAAUUGUGUAAUCUUUUUUGUAAUCUGUAUCAAUAAAGAUAUAAUUAUAAACUCUGUCCACUCAUACAAAAUAAUAAAAUUAUCUAUUUCUAUAAAC